CCUCCCCGGGCCGCGCGUCCGCCGCCCGCCGGCUCAGGCCCCAGCAGCCGCCGCCUCCCCCUCCAUGGCCGCCGCUCUCGCCGGCUGCAUUGUGGGAAGCUGACCUCACUCGCUGCUGCCGCCGCCCCGCCGGCUCCGGCACUCGCCGCCAUGGGGGCCGUGACCGACGAUGAAGUUAUCCGCAAGCGGCUGCUGAUCGAUGGCGAUGGAGCUGGCGACGACAGGCGGAUCAAUUUGUUGGUGAAGAGUUUCAUUAAGUGGUGUAAUUCCGGAUCUCAGGAGGAAGGAUACAGCCAGUACCAACGGAUGCUGAGUACUUUAUCCCAGUGUGAAUUUUCAAUGGGAAAGACUCUGCUGGUGUAUGACAUGAACCUGAGAGAGAUGGAAAAUUACGAAAAAAUCUAUAAGGAUAUAGAAAACAGUAUAGCUGCAGCCCAUGAGAAGAUCUCUGAAUGCAAAAAACAAAUCCUGCAAGCAAAAAGGAUUCGAAAAAAUCGCCAGGAAUAUGAUGCAUUGGCCAAAGUCAUACAGCAUCACCCAGACAGACAUGAAACACUGAAGCAGCUAGAAGCUUUGGGAAAAGAGCUGCAAAAUCUUUCUCACAUUAAAGAAAACGUUGAAGAUAAGUUGGAGCUGAGAAGGAAGCAGUUCCAUGUUCUCCUGAGCACCAUCCAUGAACUUCAGCAAACCCUGGAGAAUGAUGAAAAACUUUCAGAAGCUGAGGAAUCACAAGAAACUCAGAUGGAAGCAGAGGCCAAGCAGUAGAUGUCAUAUGAAGACUGAAUUACUACUUAAGAAAGUCCAAGUAUCUUCACUUUCUGUUGAAAUCAACAGUAAGAGAGAGGAAGCUGGAAAUAGUUUUCUACUGCUUCUGUGAAUUUUUAUACAAAAGUACGUGUUUUGCAUAUGUUUCAGGGGAAAAGAGUUGCAGAUGUUUGCAGGCAGGCACUCAGUGUUAAUCCACAAACUUUGUAAUUUGUGACAAAUAUACUUUGUUUCACAAAGGAUGAAGCUUUUACACCAUACUUGUGAACUGAGGUGUUUGUAAAACUUUGCCAAUAAAAGGUGUUUUCACAGAUUUUCCUAUUUUUAGUAGGGAUUGAACCUUAUAAUAAGGACUCCUUUUCUUACAUGACGUCAGACUGAGGGCAGUGCAUUUUUUCAUAAGUCCCAGCUUCCAUACCCUGUUCUAGAUGGGACCUAAAUCUGAGCUAAGUAGGCUCUUAGUUUUUUAAAGUAGCUGCCAUUUACAACUCACUGUGACUAGACUAGAAUUUGAUCAUUUCAUAUAAAAUAAACUACUUCUAUAGAAUUAA